AUGACGACUGUCGCAGCAAACGCUUCGAUGUGCAAGAUGUCCAUAUUUGCCAGGAACGCCAGCAUCUGCUACGAUUUGCCUUACCAUUACGUCGCCUUCUCGUUUGGCGUCAACAUGUUUUUCGGUCUUCCGACAAACUCCUUCGUCCUGUGGCUCAGCAUGAAGGAGAUCAUCCGAGGACAGUCCACGGAAAUCUUCAUCUUCAACACAGCACUGGUCGAGAUCAUCUUCAGUUUUGCUUUCAUUUUAGUCAUCCUAUAUUAUUUCUUUCGCUGUAUGGCGUGUCAGAUUCCGACAAUCACUCUGGGAUUGAUAAUGUUGGUCGGUCGUCCUCUGUUUCAGAGCUGCAUCUGUGUGGAACGCUACUUAGGGGUUGCACAUCCGCUGACGUUCCUCAAACUCAAACCCAUGAAAUACAGGAUUGCGUGUGGCGUCGUGGGAUGGAUGGCGAUCGUGAGCUCCUGCCUGACUGUUUUGAAGGACCCUUUUGAAAUGUAUAUGUUUCUCUUGCCAGGUUAUGUUGCGUUUUUCCUGAUAAAACUCUACACUUGCUCGAUGGUUCUGAAGGCUCUAGUGCGGCCCGGACCUCGGCAGAGAGAAGCGGUAAACCGGGAUAAAAUCAAAGCUUUCCGCAUCAUGCAGAUUGUGCUGGUGUCUUCCAUGUUCACUUACAUUCCUGUCAUUUGUUCUCUCGUGCUUUAUCACAUUCUAGUUUAUGAAAGGUUUCUUUGGUACUGGUCCAUAUCUCUGUCGACAGGGAUAAUAAUGGGCUUCGUGCAGCCUUUUCUCUAUCUCAGAAAAGUCGGGAAACUAAGCCUUUGUUUUAGUUUCAACAACGUUUUCUGA